AUGGCGGUAUACGUGUGCAAAGCGUCUCGAACUGAACAGCAGAGCACUGUUCGGUUAAAUCGCGUUUCGCGUGUCAAUAUUAGCGCAAUAGCAACUGCUGGGUGUGGGCGAUACUGCGCCCCGCCACCGGAGCCUAAAACCAGCACCCUGAAUUUCUCAUCGUUCAAAUCGAGCUUUACUUCCAAUGUUAAUUUCCUGAAGAGAAGAUUUAGCUCGGGAGACCUUUCUUCCGAGCAUGAUGAUGUCGAUCCCAGUCAACUACCGCCUGCUGCGCGGCCCAUCCAGGAUCAACCAACGAAGCCGCCAAUUAGUAAUGCCGGCCCACCGAAUAUGCCACCACCGCCAGCGCCAGGUGUACCAACCGCCGGUGCCGCCGCUGGUGGUCCGGAGCUUUCGUUGAGUUUUGGUGGCGGCAAGACGGCAACACCUGCACCGCCGCGUGGUGUGAGCGCACCCACCAGUCCGGCUAAAUCGCGCGAAAGUUUAUUGCAACGUGUGCAGAGCUUGACGGGAGCAGCGCGUGAUCAAGGCGCUUCCAUAUUGGGUAAU